AUGUUGUCCUUGGAACGUGGAGCCCUAGUCCUCAUCCAGCUGUCACUAAAGUACCUGUUCCUGGAGGAGUUGCUGGUCACCUGUGCAGAACGCCACUUUUCCUUGCGCAUGAAGAGCACACUCACCAGCAGAGGGCGCACGCUCAACCUCAAAGCUGCCACCUGGAAGGUGCUGCACUGCUCAGGACACAUGAGGGCCUACACCCCUGCACAGACGUCCCCCGCCGGGAGCCCUCGAUCCGAGCCUCCCCUGCAAUGCCUGGUGCUUAUCUGUGAAGCCAUCCCCCACCCAGCCAGUCUGGAGCCCCCUCUGGGCCGAGGGGCCUUUCUCAGCCGCCAUAGCCUGGACAUGAAGUUCACGUACUGCGACGAGAGGAUCGCAGAAGUCGCUGGCUACAGCCCUGACGACCUGAUUGGCUGUUCUGCCUACGAAUACAUCCACGCACUGGACUCCGAUGCAGUCAGCAGGAGCAUCCACACUUUGCUGAGCAAGGGCCAAGCAGUAACGGGGCAGUAUCGCUUCCUGGCCCGGACCGGAGGCUACCUGUGGACUCAGACUCAAGCGACAGUGGUGUCAGGGGGACGGGGCCCCCAGUCAGAAAGUAUCAUCUGUGUCCACUUCCUGAUCAGCCGGGUAGAAGAGACAGGCGUGGUGCUGUCCCUGGAACAAACAGAGCAACACACUCGCAGACCCCCUCAGCGGGGUACCUCCUCGCAGAAGGGUAUCCCUGGCAACGGUCUAGACCCACCUGCUCCCCGGAUCCUGGCCUUCCUGCACCCUCCGGCCCUGAGUGAGACCUCCCUAGCUGCUGACCCUCGCCGUUUCUGCAGUCCAGACCUGCGCCGCCUCAUGGCACCCAUCCUGGAUGGGCCUCCCAUAGCCACCACCCCCAGCACCCCACAGGCUACACGGAGACCCCAAAGUCCUCUUCCGGCUGAUCUCCCAGAUCAGUUGCUUGGGGGUUUAAAGAAUGCAUGCAGACUCGCCACUGCCCGGAAAAACAAGACUGUGGAGACAGAUCUAGAUAAAGCUCAGGACCCUGACACUCUGGACUUGGAGAUGCUGGCUCCCUACAUCUCCAUGGAUGAUGACUUCCAGCUCAACUCGUGCGAGCAAUUGCCCAGAACCCACCGCAGACCUCCCAGGGUGGCCCGCAGACCCCGUGCUCGGAGCUUCCAUGGCCUGUCGCCCCCCAUCCCUGAGCCCUCCCUGCUGCCCCGUUGGGGGAGUGAUCCACGACUGAACUGUUCCAGCCCCUCCAAGGGGAAUCCUCCCACAGCCUCCCUAAUGCCUGGAACUCGGAAGAGGGCCCUGGCCCAGAGCUCAGAGGACAAAGGGGUGGAGCUGCUGGAAACAAAGCCCGCCAAGCGGUCCCCCAGCCUAGAACCUGGAAGCUUCCUGCUGCCUCCCCUCAGCCUGAGUUUCCUUCUGCAAGGUCGACAAUUCCUAGGGAACCAGCAGGACCCCAGGACCCCACUCUUAGAUUCCCGUGAGCCCUUGGGCCUUGCUCCCUCGCUGCUCUCUCUCUACCAGCAUGAGGAAACUAUCCAGCCCAGGAACCACAUCCCACCAGCAGCAGGAUUGGCCCAGGCCCGCUGAGUCAGCCCUCCUCCCAGUUCCCUGCCUCUACCCCAGAAAGGACUCAUCCACACUCCACACCAGCAGCCCACACCCAGGAUGGGGCCUCUCUCCUCUGAGUGCCCUUCACAGCCCCCAGCCAGCCUCAGUCCUACCUCAGCCCCCCAACCCUCUGCCUUCACCCAUUCCGGGGCUUCUUGGAGUGUUCGCAGCUCAGUUACCUCUGGGAGGGGGUGUGUGGACCCCCCUCCAUCUCCUCUCAGGACUUCCCUUGGGGUUCUCCAUAGUUGGUUCUCUCUCUCUCUCUCUCUCUCUCUCUCUCUC